GAAAAUGCCUUCCUUAGUUGUUCAUUUUCUCGAAAUCUAAAGGCAUAACCUAGAUUCUAGCAUAUGUCUUAAAGCUGCAAUAUGUAACUUUUUGGGUGAACUGACAAAAUUCACAUAGAAAUGCUCUCUUUCCAUUUGCCCUGAAAACCGGAACAUCCGGUUGUUGGAGACUUGGCAGAGAGGCUACAAAUGGAGCAGCCUACAGCUACUUUCCUUGAAAUAUAGUUGCCAACUCUGCGGCUCAGCUGGUACUCUAGGAAACAUGGCAGCCGUCAGUAAAUAUUUUACAGCUAAAAACUCCUCGAUAGCUGGGGGAGUCCUACUCGCUUUAUGCAUCCUGAAGCAAAGAAGAAGAGGAGGCAAGUCAAGCGGUACAAAAGGGAGCUCAGAACUGGUGUUGAGCAAUGAAGACAAAGCAGCUAAGAAAGACCGGGCGGCGGUGGACUAUGUCUUCUUCCUCAGAAUCAGCAAGAUCCUCCGGAUCAUGGUGCCUCGAUGGUUCUGCAAAGAGACUGGAUACCUUCUCUUCAUCGCUGCUAUGCUGGUGACACGGACAUACUGUGACGUAUGGAUGAUCCAGAACGGAACCAUGAUUGAAAGUGCAAUUAUCGUUCGCAACAACGCCGAUUUCAAGAACUACUUGUUCAAGUGUUGCAAAGCUAUGCCAAUUUUUGCCUUGGUGAAUAACCUCUUGAAGCUGGGUCUGAACGAGCUGAAGCUGAAGUUCAGAGAGAGGCUGACCAAACAUCUCUACGACGAGUACCUCAAAGGAUACACAUACUACAAAAUGGGCAACCUGGAUAACCGCAUUGCCAACGCUGACCAGCUGCUGACUCAAGACGUAGAGAAGUUUUGUAACAGUGUGGUUGACCUCUACUCCAAUCUCAGCAAGCCUCUCUUGGACAUUGGACUGUACAUCUUCAAGCUGACGUCUUCCAUCGGAGCCCAGGGCCCAUCGAGUAUGAUGGCCUACCUGCUGAUCUCAGGCCUGUUCCUAACCAGACUGCGGAAGCCCAUCGGUAAGAUGACUGUCAUUGAGCAGCGCUACGAGGGAGAGUACCGAUACGUCAACUCACGACUCAUCACCAACAGUGAGGAAAUUGCCUUCUACAAUGGCAACAUGAGAGAGAAACAGACGAUUCAUUCAACAUUUAAGAAACUGGUCGACCAUUUGCACAAGUUCAUCUUCUUCCGCUUCUCUAUGGGCUUUGUAGACAGCAUGGUCGCCAAGUACAUGGCCACCGUGGUGGGCUACCUGGUGGUGAGUCGGCCCUUCCUCAACCUCUCCGACCCCCGCCACAUGAACAGCACCCAAGCUGAGCUGAUGGAAGACUAUUACCAGAGUGGCAGGAUGCUGCUGAGUCUGGCCCAGGCUCUGGGAAGGAUCGUACUGGCUGGUAGAGAUAUGACCAGGCUUUCCGGGUUCACCAUGCGUAUCACUGAGCUCAGGAAGGUCCUGAAAGAACUGAACUCUGGGAAAUACGAGCGUACCAUGGUCUCCCAUCAGAACAAAGAAUCAUUAGGUGUAGAAAGAGUCACACUGGUCCCGGGCAGCGGACAGAUCAUCAACGUAGACCACAUCAUCAAGUUUGAACACACACCACUAGCAACACCCAAUGGAGAUGUACUGAUCAAGGACCUGACCUUUGAAGUGCGGUCUGGUACCAACGUGUUAGUGUGUGGGCCCAAUGGCUGUGGCAAGAGCUCACUCUUCAGAGUACUGGGAGAGCUCUGGCCUCUGUUCGGAGGGCAGCUGACCAAGCCUGAGCGAGGGAAGCUCUUCUAUGUUCCUCAGAGACCCUACAUGCCCAUUGGCACGCUGAGGGAUCAGGUGAUCUACCCUGACACCUAUGAGGAGCAAAAGAGGAAAGGCAUCUCUGACCAGGUGCUGAAGGAGUACCUGGGCAACGUCCAGUUAGGUCACAUCCUGGACAGAGAGGGGACUUGGGACACCGUGCAGGACUGGAUGGAUGUCCUCAGUGGAGGAGAGAAGCAGAGGAUGGCGAUGGCAAGGUUGUUCUACCACAAACCUCAGUUUGCCAUCUUGGAUGAGUGCACCAGUGCUGUGAGUGUAGAUGUGGAGGACUUCAUCUACAGUCACUGCAGAACGGUUGGCAUCAGUCUGUUCACUGUCUCUCACAGAAAGUCUUUGUGGAAACACCAUGAGUACUACCUUCACAUGGACGGAAGAGGAAACUACGACUUCAAACCUAUCACCGAGGAGACCAUAGAGUUCGGCUCCUAGAGGAGCGUCAACGACACACACACCAUCCUCCGGCCUGAAGAAAAGCGCCCACUAAUUCUGCACUUAAAACAAACCUAGACUACUGUUUUUAAUCAAUUGUAACCUCUUUUGUUGUUUUCUUUUGACAAGAUGUAUUUAAAUGAUCAGAUAUGUUAGUCUGGUUAAGUAAACAUUUGUCAACGGUGAUUGUAUGUGUGUGUUAAACGCUCUACAACAACGCUUUCUUAGUGUCCAACAUGCUUUUUCUGCCCUUAACCUUGUUCUGAACACCUCCAAAACAAAGGUCAUGUGGUUUAGUAAGAAGAAUGCCCCUCUCCCCACCAGUGUGAUUUCUACCUCUGAGGGUUUAGAGCUUGAGGUAGUCACCUCAUAGAAGUACUUGGUAGUAUGGCUAGACGGUCCUUCUCUCAGCACAUAUCAAAGCUGCAGGCUAAAGUUGAAUCUAGACUUGGUUUUUCCUCUAUUGUAAAUGCUCCUCUUUCACCCCAGCUGCCAAACGAAUCCUGAUUCAGAUGACCAUGCUAGACUAUGGAGACGCCAUUUAUAGAUCAGCAGGUAAGGGUGCUCUC